AUGAAUGAGGAUGUGAAGGUGCGAGAUGAGGAGAAGGCGGCGCUAUACGUGGCGACAGUGAGACCGGCCAUGGCUCCGACAAGGUAUUUGGCAGCGGAACCAGUAAAUGAGCGGCCAACAGCGAAUGAGGAGUGUGACGAACGAGGCGGUGGUAUGGCGUGUGAGACGCACCCCGGUGGUGAAGAUGAGGCUGGAACUGGGGAAGGCGGCGACGGUGUUGAGACUGGGGAAGGCGCCGAACUGACGAACUCAGUACACAGCAAAGAAUUGAAGAAAACUGAGGGAACGGACGAAGACCCCAGCAGCGACGAGCGAAGUGUAGCGAGCGUCGCGUUGAGUCGGGAGGAACGGAAGAAGUUAAGGAAGCAAAAGAAACGACGAAGCAUGAAAGCGAGGCUGGUCAAGCAACGUGAAGCAGAGCAACAGGCCAAGAACGUGGAGCAAUCGGCGAUCCAGGAGCAGCUGAACGAGAGGCAGAAAGUUGCCACCGAGACCCUGAAGCUUCACGAGGCCAAGGAACGAACGAAGACGGCCACAGAUAGCGAUGGAGAGUCUGAGCAGCGAGCAACAGCGCGAGUUAGCCUAGUGAAGCGACGUGGAGAUACCGGAGGAGAACAACGAGACCAUGGAGAGCGUGGAGCUGGUGAACAAAUCGGAGCUGACGACGGACUGCCAACUGCGGUUAUGGAGCUGAGUGGAGUUCGCAGGCAAGUGAAAUUGGACAGCGGGGCCCGGUACACGAUCGCAGGACCUGGUUGGAUGAAGUACGGCGACAAAGUGGAUCGAGCGGCUCCAGUAGAGUUCGUUGAGGGCAUUGGCGGAUUCCUUUUGGACGUGGUCGGCGUGUGGAAGUUCCAGAUGAGAAGUGUAUUCGGGGAAGACAUCAGUAUCGAGGCGUGCAUAGUGAAGGGUUGUGGCGACGAAUUCCUGUUAGGCGUGGAUUUCUUACAGUCACACGAGGUGAUAUGCUUCCUUCAGGGUCCUUUCGAUCUGGAGCAGCAGCUCGAGUAUGAAAGUUCAAACGAGGGAGUGUCCGAGAGCGAGGCGGCAGCGAAAGUUGUACGAGCAGCGGAAAUUCCUACAAUUGCAUCUGCACCGGGUCGAGCGAGAAAGAGAAAUCGACAAGCAGCGAGAGGUGCGACAGCGUGGGGAAACACGAGUGACAUCUUGGUGGAGACACGAAGACGGAAGCGGAGAAAUCGAGCAGGGCAGUACGUCCUCGAACACGAGCUACGGACGAGAAGAGCAGUCAAGCGAUGGCGAGCUGGAAACGACGGAGACGAUACCGAGCGAUGGUGGGUGUCUACCCGAGACUACGACCAGUUGCUGCGAAACGACAGAGUCGUGGAAGACUCUGGUUUGGAGGAAGGCGUGUAG